GUAGAGGAUCUCCGAAACCAACUGGCGGAGAUAGCAAACGAGAAGGAAAAUCUUAAGAAGGAACUGGAGGUGCAGCGAAGCCGGCUUUCAUCAUCAACUGCUGAGCUCUCCAAGAAAACCUUAACUGCUUCCACGGAAGAACUUCUAGCAACUCUGCAGGGCCAGAUAGAGUCUCUAACUCAGAAAAACAAAAAAUUAAUGGAAAAAAUACAGGUUCUGGAGCAGGACGAGAAAGACCUGAGCGAGGCUGAUGCUUCUGGGGACUUCAUCCCUAUCAUUUUGUACGACUCGCUGAGAUCCGAAUUCGAGAAGCUGAAAGGGCAGCAGUUGGAGGCUCAAGAGCUUCUGAAGUCCCUGGAAAGCAACGGAACAGAUGGUGGCCCUCCUAAGCUCGUCUCAGCUGAGGCUUACGAACAGCUGAAGGACGAUUACGAGAAGCAAAUCGCGGCUCUUAAAGAAGCUUUGGAGAAGAUCAGCCUGCCGGAUGAUCAGAUCAGAGAGGACCGAGCGACGGAAAGUAAAGCCGGCUCGGAGCAGGAAGGAAAAAGCAAAUUCAACCCGCUAACCCGAGAAGAGAUGGAGGAGCUGAUGAACGAGCUGAGCGAGACCCAGGAGAAAUAUCAGGCCGCUUUGGCUGAAGUCAAGCUCCUCGAGGAACAGAUUGAACUAGGCAUCUUGUCCGUGGAGGACAAAGACGCUGCGGAGAGUUCCAGAACUGAACUCGAGACGGUCAAGGCCGCUCUGCACAAGACUCAGGAGGAGCUGAAGGAGCAAGAUCAGAAGACGAAGGAUUUGGAAGGGCUGCUCAGGGCCCAAGAAGAAAAAGGGGCCCAAAACUACGAUGAGAUGAAAGCUACCCUCGGGGCCUCCUUGGAUGCCAUGUCCCAGGAGAAAGAGGCCCUUCGAAAGAGAUGCACCUCUGCGGAAGCAGAACUAAGAGAACUGAGGGCCUCCUUGGAGGAGGAGAGGCACGAGGUGCUUGAAGGAAAGUCUUCGGCCAGCCAGGCCCUUCAGGAGGAGACCAGCAAGCUGCGAGAGCAGCUGAGGGCCAUGACGAAGCAACACGAAGAAGUGAAGGCUCACGUCGAGGAGCUCCGAGAAGGCCGGGAGAAGCUGGAAGAGGAGCUUCAAGCGACCAAGGAGAGGCUGGCCUCUCAGUGCGUCUCUAGAGUGGAGCACGAAGGCAUGGUGGAGACGUUGAAGGCCGCCCACUCUGGGGCUGAGAAGAGGCUGCUGGAGAUGAAAGAGAAGUACACUUCCACCCAGACCGAGCUGGCAGAACUUCAGAAGACCACUGAGGCCUACAGGCGAGAGUCGGUACCCCUGGCUGAGCACGCCCGGGCUAAGGAGGCCUUGGAGGGCACCUUGUGGGAGUUGAAGGCCAAAGGAAAGCUGUUGGAGCAGGAGCUGAAGGCCAAAGCCCGGGAGGCCUCCCAUCUCCAGGCCCAGCUGGAUGAGGUCCGUCAAGGCGCCGUCUCCAAGGAAACCCACGAGCAGCUCAGGGCCGCCUCACAGGCCGAAAUCGAGGCUCUGAAGGCGAAGCUGAGCGACCUGGGCUCCAAGCACGAACGGACCUGCACCGAAGUCUUCCAGGUGCAGCGGGAGGCCCUCUUCAUGAAGAGCGAGAAGCACGCGGCCGAGGCACAGCUGGCCGCUGCCGAGAAGCAGUUGCAAAGCCUGCGGGCCGAGUCCGAACGUCUCCAGGAGCUGCACAGCCACAUCGAAGACUCAGCCAAGCUGGUUAAAGAGAAAGACAAGAAGGUGAGUCCUAUUUGGUUAGUCUGAAAAAGGUGCCCUCAGGCCUCUAUUGCCUCCACUUUGUUCACCAAGAGAUAGA